GGGUGAGGCUGAGUGCAGAGCCUGAGUCACUUCGGAUGUGCACAGCUCAGCCUGCGUUGCACCUGCUCACCUGGACACAGGUAAAAAGGCUGACGUCUGCUGGGGACCCUAAAGGCUAAUGCUGGAGGACAAUGGGGACCACUGUAGUGUGUUCAUGUUACAUGGAAACACAGUGACUGCACCGGAGAAAGUGCCUGGAAAUUAUCUUUCAUUACUUUUGGAUCAAAACUAAAUUGAGAAGAUGAAGCAGCCAAAUUUCCACAUGUUCCGCUCAUACUGAGUUUAUUUUACUUAGGAGCUAUCCUAGGAAAUACUCCAUGACUGAAUUGUGCAAGCAAGAUUUAAAGAAGUUUAUUCUGCUGUGCAUAUGAUGAAGAAUAGCUCGGACACCAUGCUGGACCUCAGUUUCUUAACUGAUGAGGAGUAUGAAAAGCUCAUGAAAGUCCUGCAGAGGGAUGCUGACUUGCAGAAGAAAGACCAUGACCGCAUCAGACUUGUUCAAGGGUCAAUCAGAGAUGAAAAGAAGAAAAAGUUUGUAACUGGAGAGUGGUUUCAUGAUGUGAAGUCUCGCCGAUUCCAAGAGGAUCUACAAGGCCCGGAUCUGCUUAGAGCAUCAAUCCGAAAGAAGAGUCCAACUCAGAAUUCACGAAGAGGCAACAUUAGCAAAGAGGAAAUAUGGAACGUGGCUGCAAGUGCAGAUCCUGUUGCUCAAGGAACUCGAAGUCCCACAGAUGGAAAAUGUAAAGCAGAAUCAUCAGAAGCCGUGCCUCGGCUAAUGGCAGAUUCAUCCUUUGAGCCUCAGUCAUCCACCCAAUGUGUACCAGAAAAGAAAAGAUUCAGCAAUGAUAUUCCAACAGCAGCGGGGAUGCAUGAUGUUGCCUUCUCAGCCACCGAUGCAAGAAGCCCACAUGAACAAGAGCAACAGUUAAAAUAUUUGCCAGAUUUCACAGAGCGAGCACCCCAACAUUCCAUACAAAAACCUAUUCCAUUAAGCAGAAAAACAUCUGUUCCAGAAAAAAGUCUAAAGCAAGAAGCAAGCAGUCCAAGUAAAAUACCUGUAAAAAGGAAAACAAGUAAGGAAGCACUUAAACCAGAAGUCUCUCCAUAUUUGGAUAAGUCAGGUACUGCAUCAGGGCACUCAACAUUGUCCUCUCCAGAUGUGGAGCCCAAUAAAAAUGUCAAAACAAGUGCAAACUUCGAAGUGCAUUCAAUUAAAGAGAUGCAAGCAGAGCCAGAGCCCAUUCUAGAUAAGGGACAGUUUAUGUCACUAAAGAAGUUUUGGGAAAAAGGAACUGAAAGUUCUGGAAAUGCACAUAGCCAAGCAGAGCAAGAAGUAGCAGAUAUGAGAAGUUUACAGCAACCACCUACAAAGCCAGCUCGCUCACUUCCCCUACAGUCCAGCAUAAAAUCUAACAAUGAAGAGAGGUCACAUCCUGAGUAUUCACACAGAAUAAAACAUGUUUCACAAAGGAUUCCACUUGCAUCUUCCAGUGAAGAUGAAAUGGUCCAUGUAGCUCCACCACGAAAAAGUUCAUCUUUUUUACCAAGAUCAACCUAUGCCAAAAGCAAGGGCUCUGCCCUUUCAAAAAGCGUAUCGUUAUCAGAAAGCAAUGGGUUAAUAUCACACAGUGAGGACAGCAGUGGCACUGGUCGUUCUUCAAAGAAGUCAAAGCUUCCAGUUAGAGUUUCUCCAGCUGUUCAAGAGACUAAAGUAGAAUCUAUUACACCUGAAGACAAGCUACCAAAAACUUCUGAGCCAGAGAUACUAGACUCGGUUGAAAAUAUAAUUGUGCCAGAAAUCAAGCCAGAAGCACAGGAAUCUCUUCAUAGCAGGGUCCAGAUUCUAAUUGACACUGUGUCCUCAGAUGAAGAACAUAGUGGGACAAAAGCGAGGCCAAAAAAUGAAGAAACAGUGGUACAUACAUCACAGGAAAUGGAAAAUGACAGGAACAUUGAUGAUUAUCCCACAGAAGGUUCUGCAUAUAAGUCUAGUAACGUUGGCAACGCUAGAAGUAUGGUGAACAUUUAUACAACAACAGAAACAUAUAGCAAACCCAAUACAUUAAGCCAUCAGCUUCUGGAGCCUGAACGAGCGAAGGAGCUGAGCAGAUCCACUCCAGCCCUCCACUCUGAGACGGAAUCUGACACUGCUUCUGAAAUUAGCUUCAAACUCAAAAGGCACAGAAAGACACAGAGUAAUGGCAGCAACUCCUCAGACAUGGCAUCAGUCUCUUCUGUCAGUAACAGUGUCCUCAGUGUGUACAGUGGAGAUUUUGGCAGUGUGGAUGCACAGGGAUCAGUUCAGUUUUCUCUUGACUAUGAUGAGAAGAAUCGGGAGUUCCACAUCUAUGUGGCUCAGUGCAAGGACCUGGCAGUGGUGGAUGAGAAGAAAGGACGAUCAGACCCCUAUGUCAAGACCUACCUUCUCCCAGACAAAGCUAGAAUGGGCAAGAGAAAAACCUCAGUGAAAAGGAAGACCACCAACCCGAUUUACAAUGAAGUAUUAAGGUACAAAAUUGAAAAAAUGGUUUUGCUGAUCCAGAAAUUAAAUCUGUCUGUGUGGCAUAAUGACCCGCUUGGUAGGAACAGCUUCCUCGGGGAACUGGAGAUUGACCUCACUAGCUGGGAUUGGAGUAACACAAAGCCUAACUGGUACAUCCUAAAACCAAGGAGUCUCUCUGCAAUGAAUGGGGUGGACCAUCUUGGUGUGAUGAACUUGUCAAUUAGAUACAUUCCUCCUGGAAGUAUUGGUCCAAAAAACCCAUCCUCAGGAGAAGUCCACAUCUGGGUGAAGGACACUAAAGAUUUACCUCAGCUUCGUCCUUCUGGGGUAGAUUCCUUUGUGAAAUGUUAUGUAUUACCUGACACAAGCAAGAAGAGUUACCAGAAGACUCGGGUCAUCAAGAAGGAUUCAAACCCAGUGUUCAACCACACCAUUGUCUAUGACGGCUUCCACACUGAGGACCUUAAAGAUGCGUGUGUUGAGCUGACAGUUUGGGAUCAUGAGAAACUCAACAAUCAUUUCCUUGGGGGGAUCAGGCUUGGCCUUGGUACAGGUUUUAGUUAUGGUAUUGCUGUGGACUGGAUGGACUCUACACAGGAAGAAGUGGCCUCCUGGCAAGAAAUGAUGCUAACUCCAAAUGAAUGGAUUGAGGGAUCACUGCCCUUGAGAUCUUUAGCUGGAAGAAGGAAAUUCAAGUAAAUUGCUGAAUGUCGUUGUUACUUUGUGGAAUCAAGUCUACUUUAGGGACUGAAUGAAGAGCAGACAAACUGGAACUUUUUUGUUUGUUUGCCUGGUACAACUUUAUUUGUUUUCUCCACUGCUGGACAGUUUGUCUCGUGGAAAAAAAAUCUUUCAAUGCUAAAGCACUUUAUUUUGGAUGUACUGCAAAGCUGUUCCUGAAGUUCACCCUGAGGGUAAGACAAUUGGCAGCACAUUUAUUUUUGUAAUAGCCUUCCGCAAGGAGACAACGAACAUGAAGAGUACAUUUCAUUGGUUACAAAGAGUGUGUGGAAGACCUAAAUCGAGCUAUUUACAU